AAAACCCUUUGGGAUGGCUCUUUGCACCGCGAGAACAAAAUCAUGAGUUAGAGAACCAGACCAAGGUUGAAUCUUGGAAAAAGCAGUUGUGGAUGCAAGUAAGAUUGUUGGAUGGGAAUUCAAUGACAAUGGCAACAUGGAUGAAUCAAAGUUUAUCAAUAGAAUUGUCGAGAAUAUUUCAUUGAUGCUGCAUCCAAUAACUUUGUGUGUGAAUGACAACCUGGUUGGUAUUCUGGCUCGCAUGCAAGAUUUUAAAUCAAAGCUACAAAUUAGGUCAGGUGGUGUUCUCAUGAUUGGAAUAUGGGGUGGUGGGGGUGGGGGUAAGACUACUCUUGCAUCUUCUAUUUAUGAUGAAAUCUGUAGGCAGUUUGAUGGUUGCUGCUUUGUUCAAAAUAUUCGAGAGGAAGCAAGUAGGUAUGGUUUGGGAAAGUUGGAAGAAGAUAUUCUUUCAAAAAUGGGAGUAAACAGAGUUGGAGGAGGAAGAUGCAUGCUAAAGGAUAGGUUGUGCCGUAGAAAGGUCUUGAUUGUUCUUGAUGAUGUUGAUAACCUUGAACAACUCAAAGCAUUAGCCGGAUCACAUGAUUGGUUUGGUGAAGGAAGUCUAAUAAUAAUUACAACAAGAGAUGUGCAUUUAUUAAAUGUUCACAAAGUCGACGUGAUACACAAAGUUAGUUUGUUAAAUGAUGAUGAGUCUAUGCAGCUCUUCUGCAAGCAUGCAUCCCGGGGUGACAGACGUAUUGAAGAUUAUGAGGUGCUUUCAAAUGAUGUGGUUUCUUAUGCUGGUGGGCUCCCGUUAGCACUAAGAGUUCUCAGUUGUUUUCUAUGUGACAAAGAUAUGAAUCAGUGGAGGAGUGCAAUAGCCAGACUGAAAGAGAUCCCAGAUACUGAUAUUCUGGGAAAGCUAAAAGUCAGCUUUGAUGGACUUACAAGGGAUGAGAAAAAGCUUUUCUUAGAUAUUGCAUGUUUUUUUAGGUGGGAGAAUAAAGAUUACGCAAUGGAGAGGCUUGAUGCUUGUGGUUUACAUCCUGUUAUAGGAGUAAAGGUGUUGAUACAAAAGGCUCUCAUAACUAUAUCCAAAGAUGGAGAGUUUGAUAUGCAUGAUCUGGUGCAAGAAAUGGGACACCACAUUGUUAGAGGGGAACAUCCUAACAAUCCUGAAAAGCAUACCAGAGUUUGGAAGGAGGAAGAUGUUGCAAAAAUAUGUGCUAUGGAUGCAACCACGGAACUUAACAAGAUCGAAGCAAUAAAAACAGUUUUCCGGUUUCACCCGGCAAAAAAACAAGAACAAAAUCUUCCUUCGAUUGCUGCAAACAUGAAGAACCUUCGAUAUAUGGAACUGAUAGGUGAUCCUGCAGAAUCAUUGUUUAAUGACCUUCCACUAAGGGAGCUUUGCUGUCUUAUAUUGUCCUCAGGCUCGCAAAAACAACUUUGGGAGGGUUGUAAGUUUCUGCCAAGUUUGAAGUUAUUGAAACUUUGGCAUAUGAAUAACCUAAUCAUGACACCAGAUUUUAACGGACUUCCAAAUCUUGAAAGAUUCAUUCUUGAGGCAUGUGGUUGUUUAAAAGAGAUUGAUCCAUCGAUUGGAUGCUUGGAAAAACUUGUUUCCUUAUCUAUAGAAGGUUGUCCCAGUCUUGAGAUGUUUCCACCCAUUUGGGGAAUAAAGAAACUCGAGACCCUUUCAUUCACAGAGCACCCUGAACUUGUUAUGUUUGCAAAGAUCCACCAACAGAAGAUGGAGAAUUCACCACAUCUGGAUUUGGAUAAUAGUGGAUAUGAAGUUGCAUCCUACAUAGAAUCUAGUACAAACUCUGUUGUUAGCUGUUUGAGGUGUGGUUGCAGAAAUCUUCCUUGUGUAGAGGAGCCUGGUUUAUGUGUCAACUUAGGGUUAGGGUUUUUUCAUAACUUGCAAGAACUCCGCUUCUUAAGGAAGUUGAAUCUGAGUGAGUGCAAUUUGGGAGAUGAAGACAUAGGCUCUGAUGUUUUAGAGUUUCCCAACUUGCAACAACUCAAUCUAUCACAUAAUAAGUUUUUACGGUUAAGUUUUCGUUGCUUGCAACUACCUCGGCUCAAAUGGAUCAACGUGUCGGACUGCCAAGAACUUGUAGAAUUGUCAGAGCUUCCAUCAAGUAUAGCUGUUGUUGAGGCCGAUUGGUGUUUAUCACUUGAAAGCUUUGGAGAUAUUUCAAACUGUAAAUGGUUGUGGAAAGUCUCACUUCGGGGGGAUUACAAAGUUGGUCCACGUGUUGGUGAGAUAUUACUAGACUGCAUGCUCCAGGGGAAUGCUAUUGAAGACCACUUUAUCAGUGUCAAUCUUCCACAUCAGAUUCUAAAAGGGUUUGUAGGUAGGUUCUUUAGGGGAAAAACAUUUACAAUGUGUGUCCCACAUGUUAAAUGGGUCCUAAACGAUGUCGACAUAUUUAGACUGCGUCUUCCAGAUAAUUGGUGCAAUGACUUUUGUGGGUUCUUAAUACGUGUUGUUACCAAAGGCCUAUUUAUGCGGAUGGAUAUAAGCAUCAAGCAGGAUCCAGAUCAGGAGGAUUCUCGGUUUGAGAUUUGGCAGGAGUCUAAUGAUGUACCAGAGCCUGAAUAUGAUGGAGAUGUAUGGACACAAGUGGGAUAUGUUUCCUUUAGUUCAUUGAGGCUGACCACAUCAUUGAAUCCAUUAUACAAUAUUAUCACAUUUUCCAUAAAGGGGUAUUGGAGUUUGUUUGCAGCUGAGCUCGUUCCUAGAAAAAGUAAAGAUGAUCAGGUGCAAACAAUAAAAGAUGCAACAGAUUCCUCAGAAUUUUGGGAUGAGAAAGAUGAUUUUAAUCAGACAUUUAUGAUCCAAGAUAAUUCAAAGUCUUCUAUCAAUAUUAUAUGGCGAUCAUACAUCUAACAAAUCAAUACACCCAUAGAUCUCCUGACUCUUUGCCAGUUUGUAUAUUCCAAACUCUGAACUUAUAAUUGUGAUUACACUGCAACAUACAUCGAGAAACAAACUGCAAAGGGAGGAGAAUGAAUGACCUGAAAAUGAUUGCAUAUCACAGUAAGAACUCCUUCUGAUUUGAUCCUAGGUUCUGAUACCCUAAAAUACAUUUUGUAUUUAUACUUUAGCUAAUUCAUAGAAGAUGAUUGCAUAUUGAAAGAGAAUAUGUUGUAUAUAA